AUGUUACCCAGAUGUCACACCCCCAAAACUCAAGGGUCAAAGGUCAACCACUAUAGGCUGAUGGGCGUGGCCAUAGGAUCUUCCUUCACUGUUGUUUUAAGAAUCAAUGGUAUUAAUGGUAAUGCCAAAGACACUGCGACAUUCAGGGAAAUUGUUUUUGGACAUGCAACAUAUGCAGAGUUCGUGAUUAGUCAAGGAUUGGUUGACCUCUGCAAUAGUCAGCUGAUUCGUGGCAAGUUGGCAAAACCUGACGUUGAUUUCGUCCUUGCAAAAAUGUGGUGCGAAUCUUUUCCUGAAUUGAAACUGAUUGCUGAAACUUUUAUGCAAAUGAAUCAUGUAAGAAAUGGAGGCAAAUAUCUAGAUUAUAUCGAAGGCAGCUUCUUCCUCCCGAAGGACCAGCAGGUGACGCGCCCUCCAGGACCUGAGACGACGGACUACGAGGGCUUGGCUUACCUCGGGGAAUACCCUCUGGCUUGGGCUGCCUGCUUGGGGAACGAGACCGUUUACAACAAGCUCAUCGACUUCGGGGCGGAUCCCAACGCCCAGGACACCUUCGGGAAUAUGAUCUUGCACAUGGUGGUCGUGUGCAAUCAGCUGGGAAUGUUCUCCUACGCCCUCCGCCACCCUCGCAUCCCGGCCCAAGACGGGAUCAUGAACAUGGCCGGCCUCACGCCCCUCACCCUCGCCUGCAAGCUCGCCCGCUCCACCAUCUUCAAGGAGAUGCUCGAGCUCACCUGCAUCGAGUUCUGGCGCUACUCGAACAUCACCUGCAGCGCCUACCCCCUCAACGCGCUCGACACGAUACGGCCGUCGGGGGAGACCAGUGAGUGGGGACUGAGGACCUGGGGACCGCACACGCACACAGACAUAUAUAUGUGUUCUGACCCCGAAUUCCGCAAGCAACUGUGGGACAACUUUUUCGGCAACGAAGUAGAAGACAUCUCGAGGUACUGCUUCGAGGCGGGGACGCUCAUGGGGGUCGUGUAUGUCAUCUUCCAGCAGGGAGAGGAAAUCAUGAACCAGGGGCUAGUGUCAUUCAUGAGAGGUCGGCAACGCCCCCAAGGCCAUCUUCCUGUUCUCCAACCUCCUCAUCAUGAUCGCCGCGUCCCCUGCCGCGUCCUCUACUUCUUCAGGGCCGACAUGGACCCCGUCUUCCGAGCCCUCGAGGACGAGCUCAUGGCCUACGCGGUGGCCGGGUCCUGGUUCUGGCUCAUGUUCUUCGCCGAGGCUCAAUUUAGAUUUAGAGAGGAACUCGGCUGCAGUGAUGCAUUGCUUAUUUUGUUGCGUGAAGUGCAGUUUACGUACACCGCCAUGAACUUCAACAUCUACAGUGGCAUGAGCAAGUUCGUGUUCCUCGUGUUCACCAUCAUGUUGCCCAUUAUGUUGCUGAACAUGUUGAUCGCUAUGAUGGCCAACACAUACAGCACUGUCAUCUCUAUGUCGGAAAAGGAAUGGGUCAAGGCGGCCAGCUGCAACAGUGAUCGUCAUCGCCCUGGACGUGCCAUAUCCCAAGAAAAAGCCAAGACGUACCUCUACAUGUAUAGUCUCCCCCUCGGCGGCGGCGUCGACGGAGGGGAGGAGGCGCUCGGGGUCAUGGUGAUCAAGAGUAAGGACAAGACGAAGGCCAAGCAGAGGAAGGGCGCUCUCAGUAACUGGAAGCGUGUGGGACGUGUCACGAUCGACGCGCUGCACAGAAGGGGCGUCACCGGCGAGUUUCUGCGCAGGGAGAUGUGGGGUCUUCAGACAGCUGCUUCCACGCCCGUCAAAGGGCCGACCAAGAAGAAGGGCGGGCCGGGCAUGUACGGCAUCACGGGCAUGGGCGGCGGCGGCAGCGGCGUCGACAUCAUGGGCGACGCGCUCAACCAGGCCAUGUUCGCGGCCGACAUGGACGGCGACGGCAUCCCCGACAACGGCUUCGGCGCCUUCAGCGGCGCCAUCGACCAGCUGGCCUUCACGCACGACCUCGACUUCUCCGGCGACGGCGUCGACGACGACCCGCUCAAGGCCAAGCCGCCGGGAGGGGCGGCGCCCCCGCACGGAGCGCCAGGGGCGCCCGGCUCCACGCUCGCGCCCCCCGCCCGAGAGAAGAAGAAGAAGAAGAAGCCCGAGGACGGCUUCGACAACCCCCGCCUUCAUCGACGACGAGGAGCUGCUGCUGGCGGCGGCGCUGGGCGGCCACGAGUCCGACGACUCCGACGACGCCGACAUGCUGGCGUCGCGCCGCCUCGCGCAGCCCAGGAUCGUCAUCCAGGCGGAGACGGUCACGGCCGCCGCCGCCGCCGUUGUCCCGCCGGCGCCCGUGGGCCCCGCGGCCGCCAAGAAGCCGCCGCCGCAGCCGCCCGUCGACGUGAACGCCCUCGCGCGGCCGCGGCUGCCGUCCGCCAAGAUGCGGCGCGCAUCGGCUCGGCGCGCAAGACGCCCUCGCGCUUCACCAUGGCCUUCGACGACGGCUUCAGCGCCCAGAGGGCCAAGGGCGCCAAGGUCGGGGACGCCAAGGGCUCCGCCGCCGCGCCGCCCGCCGAGGGCGCCGCCGGCAGGGAGCCCAAGGGCAAGGCAGACCUCGAGGCCGACGCGUCGCCGCCGGAGGAGGACGCCUCGGGCGAGAAGUGGGCCUCGAAGCCCCGGCGCAGCAGCAAGAACAAGGUGGCGCCGUCGGGCAGCUCGGAGGAGAGCGUCGAGGCGGAGACCAAGGACGACUUCGACGUGGGCCUCCAGUCGGGCGCCGACUCCACGCGCGAGGAGGUCCGCGCCAAGGAGAAGAAGGAGCGCCCCAAGACGUCCGUGGCCAGCCAGAAGAUGAAGAAGCGCGCCACGGACGACGUCGGCAACAUGAACAGCAUCCUGCCGUGGGACAACGAGGACGGCGACAUCAAAUAGACGCCAGGAGACGCAGACGGCGGGGGUGCAGGACGCCAAAGGAGCGAAGGCGAAGGCGCGGGGAAGCUGACAUCAAGAACACGUUUUGGAGAGGAAGGAGGCGCCAGCGGAAGUACAGGACAUCAAGUAGACGUCGAUAAAGAUAUCAAGUGAACAUCUCAAAAAGGGCAAGGAACAGACGCAGUUGCAAGAGACGGCGACAUCAGGUAGACAUAGUCGGUCGGUUUGUUAGAACUGUUCCAGGCCCGACCGAUAGACAUUUCACUUAUUUCAGAAACAUGCACACAUACAGAAAUAAAUGCAUAUCUAUUAGUCUAGACAGGCAUACCUACCCUACAGAUACAAAACAUAAACGUGUAUCUAUUUGAUAGAUCGAUAGACAUGCAUCUAUUUCUAUGUAUAUGGAUGUCUGUUUAUACGUUGAGUUCUGGCACAAUUUGAACAAACCGGCCGCAUAGGAGAGCAGGUAGACUUCGUAGGAGGGAGAAUGAACAAGGGCGAAGCCACGUGGACAAUAAAGUAGACAAUAAGAAGAGAGACAGCGACAAAGACAUCGAGAAAGACAUCGUAAA